AUAAACAACACAACAACGAAUGCGAGAAGAGCACAUCAAAUUAAACACAUUUUCAGAAUUGUUUUCUUGCUUAUUCUUCUUUUCUCCUUUCUGAUCACUACCAUGGCUAGAAAGAAGCUGAAUCUUACAUACAUAACCAAUGACCCGAAGAGGAAGACAACAUUGAAGAAAAGAAAGAAUGGUUUGAUGAAGAAGAUGAAUGAAAUUAGCACUCUUUGUGGGAUUGAAUCAUGUGCUAUAAUAUAUAGUCCAAAUGAUCCUCAGCCAGAGGUUUGGCCAUCUGACUCAGGAGUUCAAAGGGUGCUUUCCAGGUUCAUGGAAAUGUCAGAAGUGAAACAAAGCAGAAAGAUGUUGAAUCAGGAGAACUUGUUGAGGCAAAUGAUCAACAAAGGCCAACAGCAGUUGACAAGACAAAGGAAUCAAAACAGGAAGAAAGAAAUGACCAAUCUUAUGUUUCAAUACCUGACUGCUGGGAAGAUUUUUGGCAACCCUAGCUUGGUGGAUUUGAAUGAUCUCUCAUGGUUGAUUGAUCAGAACCUCAAUGAAAUAGAAAAGAAGAUCACCAUGCUCCAAAUCCAAGAAGUGACUCCAGUGAUAGAAAAUGGAGAACAGGAACACAUGCAUCAUGUUCAAGGGCUAGAGAGCAACAUGGACACCAAGCAAAAGAAACAUUGAUCCAUGGAAUUUAUCAAUGGUGGUAUUGGGGAUGGGAUGCUCCCAUUGGAGAUGUUAAAUGUCCAAAAUAGUCCUUGGCCUAAAGCAUCUCUCCUUUAAAAAAGUAUGUUCUUUUAAGUGUUUCAGUUGUCUUUCCCAUUUAAAUCAGUGAUGCUUAAUUUUAUUGUCUUUCUUUGAAAGUGUCUGUGAAUACAAUAGCCGUAUGUCAUAGUUUGGAAAAUAGUCAAAUCUUCUUGUUUGAUUUCUUGUCACAGCAAUUUAAGAUUUCCUUUAUUUUUUA